GCCGCCAUGUGAUCCACUGCUGGGUUUAAAAGCUUAUAGCCCAGAGAGAAGGACACAGUAUACAAUUCCCCAUUUAGCCACAUUGCACGAUCUGAGUGUUGCAUCCUGAACAUGUCAGACACAGAGGAUGCCACAUAUGAAGGACAACGAGAGGAAGAUAUUAUUUUAGAUGCCGCAGAAGAAAAUGAAGGAGAUGAUGCAAAGCCCAAACAAAGGCAUAAUUUUGUUCCUGGCUUGGCAGCUCCCAAAAUCCCAGAUGGAGAAAAAGUGGACUUUGACGACAUUCAAAGGAAACGGAUGGAAAAAGACCUGACUGAACUCCAGACUCUGAUUGAAGCUCACUUUGAGAAGCGCAAGAAGGAGGAAGAAGAGCUUAUUAGCCUCACACAGCGUAUUGAGAAACGCAGGUCUGAGAGAGCAGAGCAGAUGAAGAUCAGAGCAGAGAGAGAAAGAGAACGGCAGAACAAACUAGCGGAAGAGAAAGCAAGGAAAGAAGAAGAAGAAGCCAAGAAGAAAGCAAAUGAGGAUGCAAGGAAGAAGAUGAUUCUGUCCAACCUGACUUUCACUGGAUACAGGCAAACACAGAAUGGGACAAAAAAACCAACGGAGCGAGAAAAGAAGAGAAAGAUCCUGAACGAGAGGCGCAAAGAGUUAAACACUGAUCAUUUGAAAGAGGACAAACUCAGAGAAAAGGCUAAGGAACUCUGGGACUGGUUGCGCCAGCUAGAGGCAGAUAAAUUUGAACUUCAGCAAAAAUGCACGAAGCAGAAGUACGAGGUCACGGUGCUGAGAAAUCGUGUCAGUGAUCAUCAGAAAAUUUCAAAGGGAGGCAGGAGCAAGCGUGGCCUGAGGAAGUAACAGCUGACAUCAGCUGGAGAAAAGCCAGUAACAUCGCAUAUCCAUGGACAACUGAGAAUAAGAAACUCCAUAAUAAUAUUUUCUUAAUACUUGAAAAUGCAAGAACAAAACUCUGAAAAAUAUAAUACACUCUGUAAAGUGCAUGCUAAGUUACUGACAGAUGAUGAUGUGAUUUAACUUGUGUUCAGGAAAGGAGGAUAUUUUUUAAAAUUAAAACCAGACGUUUUG